GUGGAGGUCAGUUCGUUCGUCGACUCGCGCGCGUUUGUGCAUUUUUAUUUCGUUUUUAUCGCAACGUGUGCGUGUGUAUCGGUCGCUCUAUUGUGGCGUUCUUUUUUUUGUUGUUUUACUUCAAAACCUCCAAAUAUACCUUACGCCCGUGCUGGUGUAAUAAUAGUCCGCAGAUCGACGCGCGCGCGUAUCAAUUUAGUGUGUACGCGACAGGAGCUCGUCGGGCGGCAGUGAUACUUAAAAAAAUAGGAAGGAAAAGGUCGUGGAAGUGCAGCGAAGGUUCUCCGUCCAUUUGGAAGAGUCAGUGAUCAGUAUUGAAUAAGUGUUUUUUGCAACAAAAAAGGUGAUUAAGUUUUACACAAAAAGUGCGGUGAUUUGCGAAUCUGAAUAGAACCAGCUAGAAGUGAUCAAAGGAAGAAAAUCCCAACACUUGAAGCUCCAACCCCAUCAACAGUGCAGCAACAGGGAGUUGAAAAAGUCAAUUCCAAAAGGGAAGGUUCAUACCUGCUGGGAAGAGGCUUAGCGCGCUGGUCAAAGAAGUUCAACAGCACUCACACCAGCUAAGCCACGUUGCGAAACCUGAUUGUCGAGACGGCGAAGAGAAGCCCAAAGUAAAGCCCAGCGCAACACCAAUACAUCGGGCUUCAGCAAGAAGAAAAAAAAAAGGUUGAAAAACUACUUCUCCUCGACGAGACUCCGCGGUGUUGGCUCUGCGCAGCCAUUUCUUAUUUGAAAUUCUUCUUCAUACACCGUUAGCAUAGACCAAGAUUCCGCAAACGGGAUGAUGGCUCCAUCCCCUUCCAAGAGUACCAAAACGCAGCAUCCGUCGUUUAUAAUAACGGCGGACUCGGUGGAUACCAGCCCGGUACCGUCCAGUCCGCCCAGUACAGACGCACCCAAGUCGCAGUGCUCCUCUCUGUCAGACGGCGAAUCGUUCGAGUGCUACGGUGACAAUGACAUCUCUAUUUCGGAAAACGGAGGCGUGGACCUGGAGCUGGCCCCCACACUCAACUCUACUCCCAACGGAGAAAAUAACAAUAUCAAUACCAACGGCAUCACCCGACACACAUGGAGCCGCAUGAGCUUACGCGGUGCGCCUAAGAGCCAAAAUAAUGAUAAUCUGCCAAACAGACGAUGGGGCUCGAUGAGACACUCUGGAAAGCGACAGUUGGGAUCCAAUGCCUUAGCUAACCACCUAUACAGAUCAUCGAGUUUCAACUCGUCCGGCCGGAGCUCAAACUGUGAUACAGCAGAAGACAUGUAUAGCGAUGUAAGUUUGGAGGACGUGCAAGACUUAAACCAUAAGCUAGAGAUACUGCAGCGCCAAGUGACGAACCUGGCCGACACGCAGAACAAUGUCGAGGACCGCACCAGCCGGACGAAGGCCGAGUACGCCGUGCUGCAGGCCCGCUACCACAUGCUGGAGGAGCAGCUGAGGGAGACGGAACUGCGGGCGGAGGAACGGCUGGCGGAGGAGCAGAAGCGGCACCGGGAGCUGCUGGCGCGGGUCGAGCGGGAGGCCAAACUGCAGAAUGAAAACUGCCAGAUCCGGAUACGAACCAUCGAGAUGGAGGCGAACCAGCUGCGCGAGGAGAUCGCCCGGUUGCGGCUGCAGGCGGACAAACAGGCCGCCGACCUGCACGCCACCGAGGACAAGCUCGAGAAGGCGCGGGACGGCCUGAUGGUGUCGCAGCAGGAGCUGGCCGAGGCCAAAGCCAACGAGAAGAAACACAAAGCCGACAAGCAUGCCGCCGAGGAGCUGAUGGUCGAGCUGGGCAAGGAGUGCGAACGGCUCCGGUCGGAACGGGGUCCGGCGCUACCGACGACCUCGCCCGAAUCGCUCCGGUUAGAGGAACUGCACCAGGAGAUGGACGAGCUGCGGCAGAAGAACAAACAGCUCGAGGAAGCGAACGAGGAGCUGCAGGCGAUGGUGCUAACGAAGGGCGUCGAGGAGGGCCGAAACCUGCUCAACGGAACGUCCAACAGUCUCGCCCAGGAACUCGAAGCCAUGAGCCAGAACCAGGAUACCGUUGAUUCGUCCACAUUAGCGUCAUUAACACAGCUCCAGAUCGCAUUCCAGGACAAGGAAGAGGAAAACCGCCGGCUAAAGCACUACAUCGAGACGAUCCUGCUGCAAGUGGUCGAAAACUACCCGCAGCUGCUCGAGGUGAAGGCAGCAUAAGCAUUUCGGCUAAAGCCCCCCCCCGAGUGUGGAUUGCCUACUUAUGCUAAACGUGAUAGUUGCAACAAAAAGAAGAGAAAAACGGCCCUGUCCUGAAUGUGGUUUCAAAACAGCAAGAAACGAGCAAGGAUUUGCCCUCUAUUUAAGUUAUACGUGAAUGUCCGUCGAAAAGAGCAGCAGCAAGCUCUUGCAAGGUACAGAGAGCGAGAGAAGCAAAACAUCUUACAAGCAAUAUAUUUUAUAUGUAUUUAGAAUUUAGGAACUACACACAACCACACACUUUAGCUGAUAGACUCCCCCUCUUUUGUGUUUAGUGUUUUCGCUAGAGAGAAUAUUUUUUUAUAUAUUUGUAUUUUUAUAUAAAAGCAUAUUUUUCUUAGACUUUCCAACCAUUCAAGUACUAUUACCUUCGUCUAAUCGUUUUUGUUUUAUCAACGUUCAAACACUAGCAAAAUCAGAAAUUCUCCCCUCGAGAAGAGAUUGUAAAGAGAGUUGUUGAAAUCCCCCGUAGGAUAGAUCAAGUUGUAAUUUGUUUGAAAUCAAAAUAACUCUACUUUCGUUUCCGAACCGUUGAUUUAAAGAUUCCAACCGAGAUCAAUGCUCAAUUCAAAAUAAUUGCGCAAUUUGCAAGUGAUAUGAAGAACAAGUAGCCUUUUCUAUGUGUUGUGUACCCCAUACAAUUCCAGUUUUGUAUGCGCAGUUUUCGAACUGCUAAAAAGUAACGAAAAAAACGAGAAGGUGCUCAGAAUAAACCGUUUCAACUACACAUUUCUCUAUUGUUUCCUGUUUUACUAGCAGAGUUUGUGCACACUUACAUUGCGAUGUAUGUACUAGGCAUUUGAAGAAGAAGAUGAAGAUUUUGUAAAUAUUGUUUCCCUCCCUCCAAACUGAUGCAAAUAUCUUACAGUUUUAGUUGUGUAAGGAAAAAGAAACCUUGUAACCUGAGAAGAAGAAAAAACGUAAGAAAAUAAAUCAACAUUACAGCAAAGUGCUAUCGUUGGGCGUCUCAUCAAAAAAGAUAGAGUGAAAAAAAUAACGAAUUUGUUUCGGUUGGGCUACUUUUGGUCACCAACUAUCUAUUUACAAUCAAACCCCUUUUUUGUAACUGUUCGUUUUUGGCCGUCGUCGCAAUGGAAGGAAUUUAUCUUAAUUUAACUGUUUUACAAUUCGCGCGACGGCAAACGGAAUAUCAACACUGAUUGAGACAAAAAACAUGAUGCAUUAAUAUAUAUAAACUAACCCACACAAACAAAAAACAUGUUAGCGUUGCGCGAGACUAGAAACAUGUGAAGAUCGUGUGUCGCGAAGAACAGUUUUAAAUUGGAUGCCAAAAUAGCGUUCUACUACUACUACUACUACUACUACUACUAAACAGUACUGUGUAUUAGUAAUGUUGAAAGAAGGAAAUAAAAAUUUACUAAAGACUA